AUGGGAAUGACACACCCUAUCUGGAGAUACAUUGCAUUUCAAGUUAACAGGUCUCAGCGUCGCAUCCUGCCGACGUGGUCGCACCUAAAGAAUUGUUAUCAGGACCCUACGGAGAAGAUCUUUGUGGGAAGCAGCCGAGGAGAUGUCGAGCUCUGCGUCGGACCCUGCGACGAAAAGCCCCUGCCAGACAUUCACAAUCCGGAAGACAUCGAGAAGGUUCGAGAUGAGCACAAGAGCAGACGGUUCGUGGUGAAAUUCUCAAUUUUAGCCGACUGGUCUCCUGUCUUCAAAAGUAUGCUCUUUGGUGGGUUUGCAGAAUCAAAGCCCGCGCAUGGUUCUUGGGUUGUACACCUGCCUGAUGACGAUGUCUGGGGAAUGUUUGUUAUACUCGCCAUCGCCCACGGCUGGGAUUCGGCCGUGCCUCGAACUCUAGAGGAUCUCGAGCUGCAACAAGUGAUCAGACUGGCGGACAAAUAUCUCAUCGACCGUCGCUUGGGUGUCUGGUAUCGACAAUGGCUGCCCACCUCCAUGGCGGCCACCAAUCUUCCCGUCGCUCUAUGCACCAACGCCACUCUUGAACGUGAUUGGGAUCCCAACUGCCCCGUGGAUUUGCUCGUUUCGAGCACGUACUUCUGGCCAAGUCGCAACUUCAACGGACAAGAGGUUCUCAAACGAGCGAGGAAGUCGAUGCGGGCUGCAUUGCUCAAGUAUUUGUCCGACAAGAUACGAGACUGUUACGUAUCCAGGGCCUGUCGAGGGACUGGAGAACGCUCCUCUCAAGAAACUUGUUCAGCCCUCAUUCUUGGUUAUGUCAUGAUCACCUGCAACCGAUUCCACCUCUACAGCGACGUCCUGCUUUCUGGGGCGAGCCCGUACGAAAAGACUUACUUGGAUUCCAGCCCGUUUGAGCUUAUCGAGGUGAUCAAGUACAUGCGGAUAUGUAUGCCACACGCUGAAGGUCAUGAUUUCGACCCCUUCCACGACUUGGACGACGCGGUUGCGAAGAUGUGGGAGACCUUGCCGUCUCCGUUGUCACCGCAGACCCGACAAAUAUUGCAGGAGAAUGCUGAGAAGUCCGGAUACAUAAAGAAGAGCAAGUUGCCGGCCGUGGAUGUUGAGAGCUGGAGAUUACAAGUGGAGAACACCACAGGAGCAAACAUGACCCAUAGAGACGACAUUUUAUUGGCUGCGCUGAAGUCGGCGCCAUCCUUGGACGACCGGGAGAAGGAGAUUAUGCUCGCUGCAUGGAAGCUUGCCGAAGAGAUUGCUGAAAUUCGACGAUCGCAUUGGGAUGCUUCAAGGGCGCGCGUCGCUGCUCUCGAGAACAGCGACCCAGACGAGAUUCGACAUGCCAUGUACAGCAGCAUCCAGGAACAGUACGUCGUGGCCGUCCAAUGCGAUCAGCGACAAGACGCGUUCGCGCGGCAGUGGGAACCGACGUCAUCUGUGACCCAGCCCGACGACCAACGCGCUAUCGCCGAGGAGCAGCCCACGGAGGAGCAGAACACAGACGAUGAUGCUUCCAUGGAGCCUGAGUCGCCCUCGCCCAGCGAAGCCGUGAGCGACAACUCCGACGACUUGGCAUCUGAAGUUUCCGACGUCCCCGCACAACCGAUUUCUCCUCUGAGGGCGAACCAGAGUAGGAAACGCGGAUCGGAAAAUGUUGGAGAAUUCUCAACCCCCAGGAAGGUCAAGGCGGUCGCGACAGACGUCGAGAGCUCGAAGGCUGCAUCACAGGUGUCACCAAAGAAGCCCUCCGAGAGACCUAAAUUUGGCACAGGGAUAACCGCCUUCAAGAUUCCGAACAAGAACCAAAAAGCUUCCAAGGUGCCGUCUGUCAACCCUCUCGACAAUCAAGGUUCGAAAACGACCGUCUCGGCUGCUUCGGGAUUUGCUCCAUUCGAGAUCCGGCCCCGAGCAAACGGAGCCGCGCCAUCGCGAAAACGGAGCCAACCUUUCUCCUGGGACAAGACGAAGUGA